AAUCUGGUUUGAUGUGCAUAAUUUGUUAUCCCAAAAAUCCUUUUGAGUUGAGAAGGGAAUGGCGAGUCACCUUCCAAGUUCAUCUCUUUGCGUAUGGAGUGAUGUGAGGUUCCUAAAAAGGAAGGUGAAUCUAAGGCCAAUUGUAAGGAACAGCCAUGGAAAACCAUUCCCAGCUGAGGUAUCGAGAACCAUUCUGGAAUUAUCUUCAGUUGGCACUUUAUCCACACCGACCCAAGAUGGUUGGCCUUUAGGUAUUGCUGUACCUUUCGCUGUUGACCCUCAUGGAACUCCUCUACUCUUUCUCAAUCACUCAACUUCCAAUUUCGCUCUCAAUUCCAAGUCUAGCUUCCUUGUUCAGCUACAACAAUAUGGCUUGCGGACUCCACAGUGCACCAUACAGGGGACGCUACAAAAACCCACAGCUUUGAAGAUGCUUCAUUCUCUUUGGGAAAAUAGAUUUGGCCAUCAAGUAGAUGACGAUCGCUUAUUUUUGCUUUCUGUCGAACGGGUACUUCAGAUGGAUGAUUUUGCAGAGGAUGGAAUUUGGGUCACUUCAGAAGAAUAUAAGUCAGCGAACCCUGAUCCUCUUCGAGACUUCGCAGAAAGAAUGAUUGACGAAAUAAAUACUAACAAUAGGGAAGACAUCUUACGGUUUUGCAACAUCUAUCUAGAUUUGGAUUUCCAGGUUUGCGAUGGGAAGAUGCUUUGGGUUGAUAGAUUAGGUUUUGAUGUCCGGUUCAGUUCUCCUCUGAAUGAUGUAUUUGAAGCUCGUAUCCCUUUUCCGAGAGAAGUUACAGAUGAGAAGGGUGCAAAAUCAUCUUUCAACUGCAUGUCUCAAUUUGCUUGGGAAGUAGAAAAGAAUUUCCAUGCAGCAGAUUUUGAAAAGGUGAAACAAGUGAAAAAGAUGGAGCACAGAGGAGUGUGAAGAAUCCUGAUGGUUGUUAUUACAAUGUGGUGGAACAUGUUCCUGACUCCAUUGCUUUUGUUGGUGUUGAAAGACAUAUUUGGUUUCUUUCAGUAGCGUGGAAAAUCAAAAGAGACUAUCGUUUUGGUGUGUGUUGUUUUGCUUCCAACCAUAAAAUCCAUAAGAGUAGUUGUAUGUCAUCUAACCAAUUUUUCCUUUAAUUCCGGAUGACCAGAAUCAAGAUUAUUAUUGAUGUCCGAUUAAUUGUUUUUAUAUACUCUAUUAAAUCAAAGGACAAAUCAUUGAGCCAAAUGGCUAUCA